AAAAUCGCUCGUACCGAGAGGCACAACUAUACCAGGAUGUCACUCGGUAAUAAGCUAUGCGACCCUCGGAAGUUACCCUUGUCAAAUUGUUAUUCCCGACAGUCUGGCUCGCCGCUCGUCCACUCAAUUUUUCCGGCGUUGAGUGGAAAUCGUUGUUGCCCAACAUCAAGCCUGAUGUAACAUUCGUCACCGUCAAGCGGACUUCAUCGCCUAACGAGAGAAUGAUAUUUGUACGGUGGAAACGAAAUCCAUCUAAGAUGUUGUGCGCUUAAAGUCCCUUUCACUCAUAUCCAAGACUAAGGCUAGUAGCUAGAUAAGGAGCGUUCCAUAGAGACUGCUUGUAUCCUCCUCCCUUUCGCUAGACGGUGAAUCACUCUUGAUGAGG